GCCUCGCUGUUCGUCAUCGCGUUGUUUUUCCAGCGUCCUCCUGCGUCUGCAUAUAUGCGACCGACAGGCUGAUUUCAUAACGCGGGGAGGAAGAGAGGAAUGGGGCUUUGAGGACGGACGAGCACCAGCUCCCGGUCGGCUCCACGCAUAAGCAGCAGUAAUCUUUAGUGGGCCAUGCAGAGGAUGCUCUGGGAGGAGAUGCGGUGCUGAUGCUGAUGCUGCUGCUGUUUGCGUCUUGAGCAUCAAUCGCCCUGACGGCAAAAGAGAUAGCGAUCGAUCUCCGGAGCCACGGACACAGCACCGAGACCCACACAGGAUGGAGUUCAAGCAUCUGGUGGAGGCAGCGGAGAAGUGGUGCUCCGGGAACCCGUUCGACCUCAUAUUUGCGGAGGAGAACGACGAGAGGCGGCUGGACUUUUACGCAGAGCCCGGCGUUUCCUUCUACGUCCUGUGUCCUGGUGGUACCGACAGCUUUCAUGUGUGGAGUGAGAGCGAGGACUGCCUCCCCUUUCUGCAGCUGGCCCAGGACUACAUAUCCUCCUGUGGGAAGAAGACUCUGCUGGAGGUGCUGGAGAAGGUCUUCACGUCCUUCAGGCCUCUGUUAGGCCUUCCAGACAUAGACGACGACAGUUUUGAGCACUACCAUGCCGACAUGGAGGGGGAACCUGGACCAGACCACCAGCAGAUGGGGGUCAGCCAGCAGUGAUGCGUCCCCAUGAGGGAGCUCUAUCCUGGGCUGGGCUGCUCCACAGCUUUGGGCCUCGACACAUUAACACACACACACACACACACACACACACACACACACACACACACACACACACACACACACACACACACACACACACACACACACAGUUAAAUUGGUGAAAAUUCACUUCCUUGUUCUUGAAUGUCUCAGUUGCUUUGCUUCCUAAAGAGUGCCCUUUGUUGAUCCUACAACAAAAAACAUCAACACACACACACACACACACCUACACACACUCUGGGGUCACACGAGUAACCAUGUACAAGGCAGCAUCUUAAUCAUUCACCAUUUGGCAAGUUAAAGUUCAGCACAGCUUUGUAAUGAAGAAAUACUUUCAGACGUUACGGCAAUACACACCUCCACCCUCGUGGAGAUGAAUGUGGCAGACUGCUGCCUCUCUGACACAAAUGAUGCUCGAAAACCAGAGGAAACGCAGACAUGUGACAGUUUGAGGCUGAAGCAUGAAGUAGCGAGAGGACAGGUGCAGCUUUUCCACUCUGAGGAAGACGUGCAUACUUGUGACAGACUGAUGAGUGUAAAUCCUGAUCUAACUAACCGAACUAGGCAUCCUGCAGCCGUGAAUAAAAAGCCCCCCCCCCCUGUGCUAACAGUCCUUUUGUGGAAAACAGUAGCAUGGUUAUUUGCGAGGUGUGUUUCUUACUGUUUGCUAGGCACUGCAUCUCAAACAGCCGCUUCAUUAAGAUGUUUUCAUCACUUUUGGUAUCUUUUAACCACUGCCUCAUCCAGCCCAGCUCCCACUUUAACUUCCUGUAGUCUUCCUGGUCGUCCCUCAGCACGAUCUGAGGAGAAACUCUGAUUUCCAGACUUGAGUUAUUUUGGUUCUGCUGUCUCACCUGGAGGUACCUCCUCAUGGAGGGCCCACCCACACCCCUAGGCAGAGGAAUAGUUUAUUUGUAGCUUCCUUCUGACGCCACCAUGUCCCUGUCCACCACCAGGUCCAGGACUGACAGGUCUUCAGCUGAGCUCCUCUGGCUUGUAAACGUUUCUCUCUCUUGUUUGAAUGUUUCUCAUGCAGUGUACCUUCUGUUUGUCCUCUGGUGUGUGACUUUGGUCAAUAAACCGUAUGAACAGA